AUGCUGCCAGUCCCUCUGCCCUCACUGAGAAAGUGCCAUGCAGAUCCUCUCUGUGUCCCUCCGCCAGAGGAGCUGCGGGAGUGCAGCGUGCAGGAGUGGCUGGCAGCGCUGUCUUUCACGGACCCUGACUGCCCGGACCUGCAGCUGAAAGUGCAUGUGGAGGAAAUGAGGGCAGCCGUAGAAGCAGCCACUGGGUUCAGGUGCUCGGCCGGGAUUUCACACAACAAGACACUGGCAAAGCUGGCGUGUGGGUUGAACAAGCCCAACCGCCAGACACUGGUUCCCUGGCGAUCUGUCCCGCAGCUCUUCAGCGAGAUGCCCGUUGGCAACAUCCGAAACCUGGGGGGGAAGCUGGGUGCUGCCAUCACGGACAUCCUCGGUGUGGAGCACAUUGGGCAGCUGACUCGGUUCAGUGAGGCGGAGCUCCAGGCCCCCUUUGGAGACAAGGCUGGGUCCUGGCUGUACGACCUGUGCAGAGGAAUUGAAGAUGAGCCCGUCAAAAACCGGCACCUAGCCCAGUCCAUUGGCUGCAGCAAAAACUUUCCUGGGAAGACAGCCCUGGCCACGCAGAAAGAGGUGCAGCACUGGAUCCUGCAGCUCUCCUUGGAGCUGGAGUGCAGACUGAUCAAGGACAGGAGCCAGAACAACCGCGUGGCCAAGCAGCUGAUGGUGGUAAUCUGCGCGCAGGGAGACGUGCGGGUCUCGCGCUGCUGCGCUCUGUCCCGCUACGAUGCCCAGAAGAUGAGCAGCGACGCCUUUGCCAUCAUCCAGAACUGCAACGUGGCUGGCGCUCACCAGCCCGCCUGGUCUCCGCCGCUCAUAUCGGUGCUUCUCUCUGCCAGCAAGUUCUCGAAGGCUCCCACGCUCCUCUCUGCAGACAUUGCCACCUUCCUGACCAGUGAUGCCCAGUCUGACAGCACUGCCACGGCCAGCAAAAACACCGUGUCCCCUCGGAGCCCCAGGGUGAAGUUCUUCAGGAGCCCAAGCAAAGAGUCCAGGCAGAAGGCACCUGGUGCUAUCGAGGCGUUCUUCCGGAGGGCAGCAGAACGGCAGCAAGCGCAGCCGCCCGUGCCCAGCUCCCCGGAGCGUCAAGCGGGAAGUGGUGCUGGCCUCGCCUCUGUGCAGUGCGACCUGGGGUCCCCCGUGAUGUGCAGCCCUGGGGAGGGGAGCUCUGCCUCUCCUCGCAAGAGGCUUCUCCAGGAAGAACCACAGCCUGAUGUUACACAAGCGCCCUCCACCCUGCCAGGCUCCACCAUCCCUUUGAAAUUAGAGCAUGCUACAGUGGGGAAUGAGCAGAAUUUGCCCCCAUCUCCCGAGCUCCAGCCCUUCCCUCACGCCUCGCCCGGGGACUGGCAGCAGUGCGAGAAGUGUGGCCAGCGUGUGCUGGCCUGGGAGCUCCCAGAGCACCUGGACUACCACUUUGCUGUGGAGCUGCAGCGCUCUCUCCUGGAGCCCGGCUCCCCGACGGCCCCAGGAGCAGCUCGUAACCCCAGGGCUGCAGCAUCCAGCUCUCCUGCCAAGAGCAAGCCCAAGCCUCAAGCUGCCUCUAGCGCAAAACGGCCCAGGGAAGGUGUGACACGAACUCUAGAUUUUUUCUUUAAACGGUUAUCUCCUUGA